AUGGACGAAAAUUCUUGUAUUAUUGAACCAAACUCAAAAUAUCCCCGAAGUUAUUUUAUUCAUUUAAUAAAUAAGGAAACAAAUCAAAUAAUUCGUUCGGCUCAAUUAUCUUAUGAAGUUUGUAGUUAUAAUAAUUAUCUUUAUACAAUUAUUAUUGGUAGAAAAUUAUAUAAAGUACGAAGUUGUGAUUUAAAAGAUCGUCGUUUAACUAUUGUUGAUGCAAUUCAAUCAAAUGAUUCUUCAACAAUUAAUUGUCCGAAAACUUUAUUUCAAGUUAUUGAUUCAUUUACAAAAUCAAAUAAAAAAUAUCAUGUUACAAUUAAUGAUAUAAAAUGGCAAUAUAUUUAUCUUGCUAUUACUAUUCUUCUUAAUCUACAUGAAUGUAAAUAA